AGGAGGUAUUAUCGUCGUCAAAGCAGAGUCUAGUUUCCAUUACGUUGGCCUUUACAUCGUACUUAGAGUUUCAAAAGCCUAUCGGGGUACCCCAAGCAGUCGCAGGGAGUGCUCAAACCUAUGCCUUGGUAAUUUAAUUCUUCAAGUCAGCUUCUGCCAGCAAGCGAACUACAACAAGCACCCUCAUCUUCGUACUCUCAAAGCGCUCGCCGAAAUGUCCCGCCAGAGCAAAUUUCAGGAGAAAAGUGCAUGCGCGAUGCUACUGGGGUCUCUCGAAGUCCGGCGCGUUCCCUUCUCGAAGAAAGCCAAUAGUGUCGAAGCUAAGAUAGAUGGCAAGACGAAAGACACAUCUAGAACGAUAGCGAUGAUUGGAAAUACUCGACCGAACGGCGUUAUUCAGAAUGUAGCAUCACCAGAGCUAGUUGCGCAAGAAGACGUAGACCAAAUCAUUGAGGAUGUGACCGACGAUGAAUUGGAUCUUGACGACGACGACCCUGGCGCGCAGCCCCCAGGCAAUAGAAGUGAUCUAUGCGCAACGACAGAUAUUUUUCGGCUGGCAAAGAAACCGCCAACAGGACAUGAUUCAUAAACGAACCACACCAC